AUGAGCACCAACAGACCCUUCCUCGCCAACUUCCUGGCCGCCUUCCGCGCCCAGUCCACCCUCAAAACCGCCUCCCAACAAUCCACAACCUCCUCGUCGCUAUCCUCAGCACAAAUCUCUACAAGCGCCCGCACAAUAGCCUCCAAAUCAGGCCAACACCAACACCAACACUCCUCUUCACAACCCGCCCCUUCUUCCUCAACCUCCGCCACCUCCCCCUCCGCAUCAGCAUCGACAUCAACCACACAACCACAAUCAUACCACUCGCACCACUACCACACCACCGAUCCAACAACCUCUCAACCCCAAACCCCCUCCGCAACAUCAACCUCCACGCCAAUCCCCAUCUCCCGCGGCCCAGACCGCCAACGCCGCGGCAGUGACUCGUCCUCUGGCUCGGGCGGGUUCAGGGAUGCGCUCGGUCCAGAGAAAUGGUAUAUUGGGGGACGCACGCCGGCGGGGGAAGAGAGGUUUUAUCGGUUGGGGAUGGUUACGAAGGGGGGUGGGAGGCUUGGAGGUGGUGGGAGGGUGGGGAGUAUUGAUCAGUUGAGUUUGUGA